AUGAGUUCAUUAUACGGCAGUAGUGAUAGCUGUGCGUAUGCCUCUGAAGAGGAGGAUGAGAAAACGGUGCCGCCAUCCCCUCAGGCUUCUCCCAACAGAGGUGUUAACCGAUAUAAGGAUUCGUUAACUUACUAUGAUAAUGAUGGGAAUAGUGAAGAAGAAGAAGAAGAGAUUGAGGAAGAGGGAGCUUUGCGUAGGAGAAAUGGUAAGAGUAGAAAUACACCAGCAGCACGAUGGCAGAAGAGGAAACAACAUCCACAGAAACAGAAACAGAAACAAGAAUCUCAAGAAGAAGAAGAAAAUGAAGAAGAAAAAGUGGUGGAGUCGUUGGAAAAUGUGUCUGCAGACACACGUACGAGUUUUCCACAAUCGUGUUGUUUUAUUCUGGACACGAACACACUUCUCGAGGCGGACCACACAGAGCAGCAGAAGAUUUUAAAUACCGCAGAGAAACACCUGGUGAUUAUUCCACGGAAAGUGCAUGGGGAAUUAAAUAAUAUGGAUGAAGGGAGAGCAGGCGUUUCACUGUUAAAACUACGCAAGUGGAUUCAGAAGGCGGUGGACUCAAGCGGGAAAAACUGCCAAAGCUCUGAUGCUGCGGAUGUUAAUGAUACUGUUCAUAUUCCCUCUUGUGGAUUUCGUUUGCAGACGGCGAAGGAACACUGCCAUUCCGUGACUGCAGUUGCACGCAAUAAUGAUGAUCAUAUUCUUUCUUGUGCAUGUUAUUUUCAACGACUGAAUAAUAAAAAUAAAAACAACAAUAAUAAUAUUAAUAAUAAUAAUAAGAAGAAUAAAAAGAAUAAGAAGAGUAGAGAGAGUAAUAUGCAAGUUUAUCUUGUUACUGGCGAUGUUGUGUUAUCACUUAAGGCACAUGCAGAGGGUGUGGGAACUAUUAGUACUCUUUGUUGA